AGGUAACAAACGACUUUCAACUGCCUUACAUACUCCGUGUCCAAUAAUCAAAAAAAACACCAGACGACGUAUAUAUAUCGAACCAAGGAAAGAAGGGAUUCAUAAACUCACGGACACACAUCUCACAAAAUGGUUCUCUACUACACGUCCACAGUGACAGAGCCCUCGGGUUUCAUCUAUGUUGGCAAAGACAAGUUUGAAAACGAAGACCUAAUCAAGUACGGCUGGGAAGAAGACGUUUGUUUCACGUAGACAAGCUUUCCAGCGCCCAUAUUUACCUACGCAUGAGCCCAUCGCAAACAUGGGACAACUUACCGCAGGAGCUGCUGAUGGACCUUGCACAGCUGACCAAGGCCAACUCGAUAGAAGGCAACAAGAAGGACAACAUCACCGUCAUCUACACGCCGUGGUCGAACCUGAAAAAGGACGGCUCCAUGGAUGUCGGCCAAGUCAGCUUUAAGAACCAGAAGCUCGUGAAGCGCAUCCAUGUCCCGCAGCGCGAAAACCCCAUUGUCAACCGCCUCAACAAGACCAAGGUAGAGCGCAAACCUGAUCUGAAGCAAGAAAAGGACGACCACGACAGAGAGAUCCGGAAGAAGGAUCAAGCUGCUGCACAGCAAAAGCGCAAGGAGGAGGCGAGACAGGCACAGGAGUGGAAGGAGAUGAAAUGGCAAAAAGAGCAUGCUUACGAUGACAUGUUUACAGAGGAGAACAUGGCGGAGCAGAGCAAUCAAAAUAGAUCGGCGGAUUGGGAGGACGACUUUAUGUAAACGGGACAAAAUGCGAUUCCAUAGAUGGCGCAUGUCAAAAGCGCUUCUUCGCUGCAUACAUACAAGAAAUAUAAAAAAGGCCAAAAAAUAAAUACAGCUGGUUAUAAUUUAGACUCGAACUCCAAAUGUAGAUCCCAUAGGCAGACUAAUUUCUGCCAGGCGGCUGCUCAGGCCAUGCAGCUCUUCUGUCGGUACAGAUCUCGAUGUGCUGCUUCCAAGCGACGCUGUGCUUUCCACCAGCUCCGGCGCCUCAUCGCUAUCGCCAUCCUCGUCUUCUUCAUCUGAAACGGCAUCCGAACCACCACUCUGUUGCGUUUUCGACUUACUCAUGUGCUCCUUGUUGGCAAUGGGAAGCGAUUCGCCGCCCGGUAGCCGGAUAUCCGACGCAUCCAGCGUUUGCGCAAUGUCGGCUAGAAGGACAUCCAUUGGGCAGAUGUACGCAACGCGCUUCCGCUGACUCCAGGCCAGAAUGUGCCCGCACAACUGGUCUUGGUCGCGAUCGACAACCCACGCACCACUAUCACCCGGGAUGCCCAUGGGAAUAGCCUUGGUGGGUGUACCAGAAGACUGUUCUUGUUCGGGGCGCGCGCUAGCUAUCUGGUAGGUUUGGCUGGGCGAUGUUCGGCCGUAAAUCUUGACACUGCAGAGGGCAGGCAUGAUUUGGCCAGUCUGAACACCACUGGUUCUUGCUACACACUGUACACGCAUACCAGGGAGGGAUGUCGAUGGCGCAACCUUGGUAGGCUUAAUGCACUUGCCCUGGCUAUCCUUGGCCGCGUCGGCGCGCUGGACGGAAUUGUCUUGAGGCACUCGGCCGUCGGUGAAUGAAAACAGAGCCCAGUCGACUUCGUGGAUAAGUCCCUUGUCUUCCUUGCGACGGAUACCGCUAGACGCGUACACCUGGCCCAAGCUAAACGUGUCCAAGUGGUCUUCGUCUUCCGUAUCAGCACAUGGGUAGAAGCCUUCUUCCACGUCGUCAAGCGCUGGCUGAGUAACAAUGUAGCCAUCGCCACAGCCAGGCUCGAUUCCGGGAAUAUCACCGGGCUCUUGGUAUUCUUCAUCGUCGUCGUCAUAAUCAUCGUCGUCUCCAUACUCGCUAGUGAUGUCUGUCUCAGAAUACGAUUCAGAGUCUGAGUCUGACAAGUCAAAGCCGUAAUCCUCGUCGUAGACAUCUUCCCCGUCAUCAUCGUAAAAGUCGAAUCCCGGAUGAGAGGCGCUGCGCAGAGUAUCAUCUGUGUUGAAUUCCUUGUCAGGGUCGUCCAGCAUAUGGUGAACGGUCAUGCCAUAUGUUUGGUCGUCCACAACAACGAGACCGCCAAAGCUGACAGGAGGAAGAUGUCUGUCACCAAUCCAAGCGCCAAUACUCGCACCGCUCAGCGGACAUUCUUGAUAUUCUGGGUUGACGGCCUCGAUAUCCUCGUCGUGGUUUGCUGCGGCCUUUCCGCUGACGCUACCGCUGGCAACACUUGCUCUCGCCAUGGAUCGGUAAAUGGGACGCGAAUUCUUGCGCGAACGUAGCAUAUGGCCGCGGCAGACCUUCAAGCCGAACCCGGUAGACCCGUCAAACAAAUCACCAAGUCGCUUCUUGAGAAUAGCGCGAACCUUGCCGACUGACGUGCAGACAACCAGGACCGUUGGUCGCGUCGAUUGGGCAUCGGGACCGACAGACUCUAGCGAAAUCUCUACCGACUCUGGGUUCUUACGGUAAAAGCCGCGGAGGGCUUGGUUGAUUUGGGGCAUUAGGAUGGUGUUCCACUUCUCCACAGCCUCAGGCGAAAGAGGAACGUUGGGGUAGAGCUUGAGCUUCUCUACUCUAGCGGCCGAAGCAACACCCUCCGGACUGUCUUCUAAUUGCGCUCGAGCGUCCACAAAGGCAGCCGGUGGUGGUAGUGAUCUGGUAUCGGUGGCAUGCGAGGGCUUAUCUGAUGCAGUGCCUGCAACGGAGCUUGUAGCAGGCUUGUCUUGAACCUCGUGCUCUGGAUGGACUCGCUGUUCAAACCCACUGACGCCAUCAAGAAUGCAACAAGUUUCCAAAAAUCGGCUGACGCGGAUUUGCACAUCCGACAACAGGCCCUCUCCCGUCAUUCUACCAGAUGCCUCAUCAUCAACGGCUUCCCAGCAGGCCUGCACUGCCUUCAUAUAUAAGCUACCGCAUUUUCUCGAUAGUGAAGUAAGAGCGGAGUGUGGAAUGAUGUGAGAAUCUCCGUCUUGGGCUAGCAGCUCCGGACUUUGCCACAAACCAAUAGACAGAAGAAGAACAGAGAGCGCGUACAGCUCCAGGACGCGCUCAUCUGUAGACUUGGACAAUGGCGAUGUUUGCGAGCGACGAGGAUCCAAUCGAUGCCUCCAGAGGUUGGUAGGGUUGGUUGGACCAUCCUCUGCUUCAAAGAGCUCAAACGAAGAAACAAGAGGACGGCGGACAUCAACUACUGUCGAUGAAGACGAAGAAACGGCUGUUUGGGUAUCGCAGAAGGAGAUGUUGCCAUCAAGCAAGCUGCCGUGAGUGACUCCACGGGCAUGCAUAUCAAAUACUGUGUUUGCCAGAUUAUACGCCAUGCGGAACUUGGCUUCGAGUUCUGGUUCGGCAUCGGGCUGUGACAAAAGACUUCGCAGAGUAUGCAUCUGGUAGACUGCAUUUUGGGACGAUCUCUCGAUGCUAACAGCGUUGAAGGAUGUGGGGAAUCUGUACAACAGACCCAGUCGCGAGUUCUCCAUAUCUUCAAAGUAUCCCAUGAGCCGAGGGAGACCGGUCCAAGCUCCAGGAGCUCGCUGAGGCUCUUGCUGCAAGCCAGAGGAGAGCUUUUCGAAGCGUGCCAUGGAGGGCAUGAUGCCAGUGGUAGAGUAGAUGGGGUCGAAAGCGGCGUAUUCGAGAAGCAGUGGGCCCCAUGGCUCUCUUGUGCGGCCAUGGGCGAGCUCAGCGUAGGCAGUCUUGCUCAUAAAGACAACCUGUCUAGGCUGAGCAUUUCCUGGAGUUGUUUGGUUGACAGCCUUGAGGAACGAUAACGUGGUCGGGUCGAUCUGCUGCGGAGUCUGCAUUCUGGUAGACUCAAAGGUCGUGUGGUCGUCGCUUGUGCUUCCUGCCUUGUACGUAUGCUUGGAAGGGCGGCGGGCGCUGAAACCAGACGACCUUGUCCUUGACAGAUCAUAGAGAGUAUCAAUAGACGCUGUCAGAUCGUUAACUAGAUCCUCAAAGCGGCCCUUAUCCCACUGAAUCAGAGGCGGCUUCUUAUCCGGGGACGAGCGGGUACCCUCGACAACGCGCUUGGAGCUGAGCCAGAGCGGCUCGGCCUCGGCGAGAAUGUCUUUGAUGGUGGACAUGAUGCUGCCAACCACCUCGCUGAGGCCUGCCUUUGACAGCGACUCGUCAAUCUCUGCCGCUUGGUUCGGGUCCGACCACUCCAUGCCCCAGCUGACGAGUCUGUCCUUUUGGAUGCGCAGCUUGCGAUGCAGAGCCUUGGCCUCGGGAUCUUGUUCAUUCUGGAUGGGCUCCUUGACAAACUCGCCCGACUUCUUGGUGUCAUUAUAUAAGCGAGACAAGCGCCUCUGGAAGGGCAGCUGGAAGCCGCCUCUUGGUAGCAGCGAUUCCAUGGCUAGCGAUUAUGGUCGUUUCGGUGUGGGUUGGUGAUGAUUCGAUGCAACGGCCGCGCGGGGUAUCGAAGGAUGGGCGACGAACGUUGUAAAGCGUCGUGUUGUAUUGCUUAAGCCGAUGCUAAAGAGACUACCAAGGUAACGUGUAAGAAAGUGUCCGUUUGAGGUGAUGAGGAGGAAAUGCUUGGUGGUCGUCGUCAGCAAGCAGCAGCACACAGCAGGAUGACACACUACACUGCGGUCGGAUUCGCAGUGCAAGCCGUCAACGGGGUCUGCAGUGAGGUCGUUAAGUUAAUUCUGGUAGCCUAAACAACAGGCUACAGAGGGUAUCUAGAAAUUAGGAGAGGCAGCAGCAGCAAUAAUGCGCCGAUGAAGAAAGAAUGCGGAAAAGAAAAGCGGCAGCCUGUCGCCC